GUCAUAGCCAGAGCCGACAUUUAUUCGCUUUUGAAAACACACUAAAUAGUUUGUAUCCAUUUGCCAAACCGACCACAUACCUAUACAACCCAAUAUACCACCCCAAUUCAAAUUCGAACCCUUUCAAGUUUCUCCUUAAUUAUUGUGACCGGUCUUCUCGUCCGUCCGUGCACGUGUGUCAAAAGAAAAAAAGAAGAGAAAAAAAAAGAAAAAAGAAAGAAAGAGAAAAAAAAAAAAGAAAAAAAACUUCUAACAAAAUUGUAGACCGUAUGAAUCGCAUCGGUGACGAAAAAUUCAUACCUUGUCCGAACUAAUCACAUAUCCAUAGUUCCAACAUUUGUGACACUAAUCACGUUUACUUAUCAAAAUCGAUAAGUUACAAGUCGACGGGAACUGAACAAAAUUGAAAUUCAAAGUUCUAACCUCUAUUAAGGGAAAAAAAAAAAAAAAAAAAAAAAAAAAAAAAGAAAGAAAGAAAAAAAAAAUAUUAUUUUCAAUCAAUUUUGAUAAAGUGAGUACAUUGGAAAAAUCAUAUUCAUAUUAAAUUUCAAUGAAAAGUUUUACAUUUAAAUUGUCAUGAUUUUUAAUUAUUACGAAUAUUAUUAUUAUACGGAUCAUUAUUUUUCACUUAUGUAGAAUUUUUACGAUCGAAGACAAACCUUCGACCUGAAUCAAUAAUCUCUGUUGAUCGAUCAUCGAGGAAUCUCGUGAUAUUGAUAUUUUUAAAGAAUAUCUAUUUGAUAUGGACGUGGAUAUGAGCGAUAGCAAUGCCACCAAUGAAGAAUGUAACACGAGUACCCAACGAUUGAUCGCUGAAAGUGGUGGCCGAUGUAUGAGUACUCAAGCGAUGCAAUCGCUUUAUGAUUUUCGUCAGAAUAAUCUAUUAUGCGACGCCGUAUUGAGAUUAGAAGAUGGCGGAGUAUUUCCAAUACACCGUGCGAUCCUGUCCGCGUGCAGUACGUACUUCAGAGCACUAUUCACUACGACAUUGCACUCUCGAGAAAAGACCGAUAUACUUUUGCCAGGUGUCACCAGUGAAAUGAUGAAUUUGUUAUUGGAAUAUGCUUAUCUUCGUUCGCUCGACGUUAAUCGAGAUAACGUUUGCGAGUUAUUAGUUACGGCCGAUUAUUUAAGUAUUCUCGGUGUUCUUGAAAUUUGUUGUGAAUUUCUUCGACAAAAUUUAGCACCGGAAAAUUGUAUCGGUAUAAUGAGAUUUGCCCGUGAACAUUUUUGCAAGGGUUUGGAAAAUGACGCUUAUCGUUAUGUCAUGAGACAUUUCGUUCAGGUAGCUCAGAAAAGCAAUGAGGUACUUGAUUUACCGAUAGAAGAACUUUCGAGAUUGAUAGGGGCCGACGAGUUAAACGUAAAGAGCGAAGAGACAGUAUGGGAGCUUGUACUUAAAUGGAUCAAUCACGAUCCAGAUGCUAGAAAGGGUCAUAUAGUCGAGUUAAUGCAAAAUAUACGUUUGGGCCUUUUAAACACGCAAUUUUUUUUGGAAAAUGUUAAGGAUCAUUCUUACGUCGUUGGAAACGAUGCCUGUCGACCGAUCAUCAUAGAAACUCUCAAAUUUUUAUACGACUUGGAAAUGAUCACGCAAAAGGACGGAGAAAUUCCUACGCCAGAAAUAGCACGUCCUAGAGUACCCCAUGAAAUUCUUUUCGCUAUAGGCGGAUGGAGCGGCGGUAAUGCUACAAAUUUUAUUGAAACGUAUGACACAAGAGCCGAUCGUUGGGUCAAGGUCGAAGAAGUGGAUCCAAGUGGUCCACGAGCUUAUCACGGAACUGCAGUAGUCGGUUUCAAUAUAUACGUGAUCGGUGGUUUCAACGGUUUGGAUUAUUUUAACAGCUGUCGUUGUUUCAAUGCAGUUACUAAAGUCUGGCGAGAGGUUGCACCCAUGAAUGCCAGAAGAUGUUAUGUCAGUGUGGCUGUAUUGAACGAUUUGGUUUAUGCUAUGGGUGGAUACGAUGGAUACCAUAGACAGAAUACCGCCGAACGAUAUAAUUAUCGAACGAAUCAAUGGUCCUUGAUUGCGCCAAUGAACGUCCAGAGAUCCGACGCAAGUGCAACUACUUUGAAUGCAAACAAUAAAUCUUUUCCCCCAUACGAAGAACACAAAAUCUAUAUUACCGGUGGUUUCAAUGGAAACGAGUGUAUCAAUUCAGCUGAAGUUUAUGAUCCAGAAACAAAUCAAUGGACGAUGAUAGCCGCAAUGAGAUCUCGUAGAAGCGGUGUAUCAUGUAUAGCUUAUCAUGGCUAUGUAUAUGUUAUUGGGGGUUUCAAUGGUAUAUCAAGAAUGUGUACUGGCGAAAAAUAUAAUCCUACUACUAACACUUGGAGUUCUAUACCAGACAUGUAUAAUCCUCGUAGUAAUUUUGCGAUUGAAGUGAUCGAUGACAUGAUCUUUUCCAUCGGUGGAUACAACGGUGUAACAACAAUUUAUCAGGUUGAGUGUUACGACGAAAAAACCAACGAGUGGUAUGAAGCAACCGACAUGAACAUAUAUCGAUCAGCUUUGUCUGUAUGCGUUAUUAUGGGAUUGCCGAACGUUUAUGAUUACAUUCAUAAGCAUCGUGAAAGAUUGAUGGAAGAGAAACGACAAAAAUUAUUGGCCCUUGAAGUACAUCGUAUUCAGCAUCAACAACAACAACAACAACAACAUGAACAUAUACAUCAACAGAAUCAACAGAUGAUUCUUAAUAUACCAUCGCCACCACCGAUGCCACAAAACAAUGAUGAAAAUAAUAACAUUCGAUCAAAUGAAUGAAACACAAAUUAAUGGAUCAACAAUCAACAAUAAUAAAUUAAUACGGAUUGGACGGAUCGAUAAUGAUAACAAUCGGAUGAAACAUGCCUGGAAUAAUUUUAUUAAUUGAAAAACAAGAAAAAAAGACAAAAAAGGGGGAGGGGGUACAGGACGAAAUUAUUGGGGAUUAAUUUUUGACGUGUAUCAAGAUUUUUAGAAAAAGGGGUAACAUUUGAUAUCACAUUUUUCUUUUUUUUUCAAAAAAACCACUUAUAAUAUCCUUAUCUUUGAUAGAUGUAAUAAUCUUUAUUAUCU